GGGACUGUGCGCCGUGCCUCCACCGGGUGAUUCGCGGCAUUGGACGGACCCGUAUGCUAUUUAUCGUCCCUCAAACUCCGGCGAUCCAGACGGACGCAUUCCUUCCAUUGGCGAUCUUCGUUGGGACGACGUACCCGAGCAUUUAAAAUGACUCCCAUAUCGGCCUCUGAUUUGAGCCGUUGGCUCACCCAUCCCGAUCUGAUUGAGCUCGAGGAUUGGGCGCAAUUAGUAGCCCGAGUAAAAGAAUUGGGCGUGGGCGAAGCAACCUUAGACGCUAUUCGGUGUCUUCGCAAUUGUGCUGCGGUGAAUUCGGAACAAAAACGCUUGAUGGUUGAAGACCACAUUCUCCUGAAUACAGUCAUUCGCAUUGUGACCGACUUUGACCUCGAAGUGAAGCGAUCUGAACCAUCUUGGAUCCUAGUGCGCGUUUCGUUGCAGUUUCUGCAUAAUGUCUUGGUGAAUGAAUCGUGUGCAGUUUUGGUGCCUCAUUUAAGCGCAUUGAGUCGAUUGUUAGGUGCCACAGACAUCAAGACCGUCAAUUUUACCGCUAGUGUAAUAGGCCAUGUUGUUAAGAAUGAUGCGAAUGAGCUAGCUGCUGAACAUUGGGCACUCUUGUUAGAGGCCGUGUCAAUUGAGUCCAAUUUUGCUCUCUUGAGCAUUAACGCUGCUUUGAGGCACGAUGCACUGGCCAUUCUGAAUUGUUACGAAGACUUUAAUCUCGAUCAGAGGUGCAUUUUGCUGGACAUCAUCAUCGAGAACAAGACGAAUUCUUGCUCCAAUGAGAGCGUGAUUGAUCUCGUGCGUUCUCGAUUCAAGCAACAGUCUACACUGAUUCUCACCACCAUGAAGGCUUCCAAUCAACCCCUAGAGCCUUCAGAAGUGACCCGAUUGCUUCAAAUUCUAAUCAUGGUGUCGUCCAAGGAGUCCACCAAGAACUUGGUGCAAGGCGACAAGAGUCUUCUCAUUGAUACCUUGUACCUUCUUCGCAUGAUCCACGAUUUGGGCAAACAGGAUCCCAACUCCCCUUUUGCUCCGGUUCGUAAAGUUUCGGACGAAAAUGGGAAGCUGUCGUUGGGAACGGAUCCCGCGUUUGGAUUCAAACGAGACCUAGUCCGACUUUUAGGCAAUCUUUGUUGGGAGCACAAGGGCAAUCAAGAUGAGGUUAGGGAGUUGGAUGGGAUCGCCCUCAUCUUGGAUUGCACCUCUAUCGACGAACGAAAUGAGUUCAUCAAAGAGUGGGCUUUAUUCGCUUUGCGAAAUCUGUGUUCUGACAACGCCGAGAACCAAGCCUUCCUCAGUCAAGUGGAUCGAAACGGACCAAUUCAGACAGAUUUAGAAAAAGAGCUCGGGAUCAAAUUGAAAUUGUGAUCACUGUAAUAAUAUUUUGAGAGGAGUUCUCCAAUACUUACUACAAUUUUUAUUCUGCA